GCUUGAACUACCGAUCAAUUAAAACGUGAAAAUCAUGUUUUUAAAGCUACUGCUGAUAAUUACAGCGAUUCAAUGGAAUGUCAUUGCCACUCAGAGUCAAUCCUGCACUGAUUACUAUGGAAAAGCCGGACGAUGUGUUCCGAUAACGGCGUGUCACGUGUUACUUCAUCUCGACUCGAAGCCAAAUCGAACUUAUUCGGAUUUGUUGGUGCUUGAUGGGAGUUAUUGUGCGCCUGAAAGAGGCGGAUUAAAAUUCGUUUGUUGUGAGGAAACGGGACCAAGGGCUUCAACGACUCCAAGGACGACAAGAAGACGAACAACGACAACAACAAGUAGGACUUCAACUGUGAAUAAUGACAGUCCGUAUGUGAUUGUGACGCCAGUUCCGAACCAAACGAGGUUGAGGAGGGAUGUGAAGUUGUUGCCCGAUCCGGAAAAUUUUGAAUGCGGAUUGCAAUUUCCGGAUAAGAUUUUCGGGGGGAGUGAAACUGCGUUGGAUGAGCAUCCAUGGACUGCUGUAAUUGGCUAUGUGAUGGAUGACAACUCAACAAUUUUCGGCUGUGGCGGCUCUUUAAUCAACAAUCGCUACGUUCUAACAGCUGCUCAUUGCAUUCAUCCCGUCAACCGGAUGUUUGUUCGUCUCGGCGAAUGGAAUCUCGACACAAAUCCCGACUGCCAAGGCAUUCAUUGUGCUCCCGCUUCAAUUGACAUCGACAUCGAGGAAAUCACAAUUCACUCUUCUUACAACAAAUCGAACCGCAAUCGUCUCCACGACAUUGCCUUACUCCGUUUAUCCUCAAAAAUUGCAUUUUCCUCAUACAUUCGACCAAUUUGUCUUCCAUCGACGGCUGAAUUACGUCAACGACAUGAUCAUCACUUGCUACGUUAUGUCGCUGUUGGUUGGGGACUCACUCAAAAUUAUACCGAGAGUCAAAUUAAGAAAAAAGUCGAACUUCCAGGCGUUAAUUUGGAUGUUUGCAAUCAAAAAUUCGGAAAAAUGCGAAAACCCAUAACCCUGAGUGAGAGUCAAUUAUGCGCUGGAGGCUUGGAAGGCGAAGGAAGUUGCAUUGGAGACUCCGGAGGACCCUUAAUUGGCACUUUUAACGACGGAAAAGGCGGAAAUUUCAAUUAUUUAGCAGGAAUUAUCAGUUUUGGCGUCAAUCAUUGCGGCAAAAAACGUUGGCCAGGAGUUUUUACGAAUGUUUCUUAUCAUCGCUCGUUUGUCGUGCCAGCCCACGCAAACGCAUUUUUUGAUAAAUUUACAGACAUUAAUGAAAUAAAUUAA